UAUUCCUCCUUCCCUCCAACGGUUCAUUACAAAUUUAUUCCCCCAUUUAAAUUUAUUCCUCCACUCUUACAACAUUAUCAUUUCUUCAGUCUCUUGUCUUCUUUUUCUUGAUAAAAAAUGGAAGUCGAUGCUGCCGAUACGACUAUUACUGCUGCUGCCGCCACCACGACGACUACUACUACUACUUCUGCUGCAAGAGUCCAGCAUAUAACAAAGGCGUCUUCCGAUGAGCUUCUCAGUAAAUUUGCUCAAGUGGGCGCUACUAGUAAUAAACUUGCACUUACUCUUGUCACUAACAAGAAGAAUAAGAAGUUACAAUUGUCCUCGAAACGCCAGAGAAGUAUUGAUAGAUCAAAUCCAGAUUGCGAAAGCCCCACAGGUGUGAGUGUUGCUGAUAGGAAACUACUGCUUCCUCCUGCCAAUAAGAGAGGCGCUGCCACUUUCAUUCGCCGCCUUGGAAUAGGAAAGGCCAAGCUCAGGUCCAGGAAUAUCAACAACAAGUCCCUUCUAGGAGGCAUCGAAAAGACAUGGCGCAAAACUCUGAAAGGCGCUUCAAAGAUCCUCAUUGAAAAGCAUUACAAUCAGCACAAGCGCUUAAUCAGUGACAUUGCUUAGCUCUAUUCACAAUUUUUCUGGAAAAGAGCUGUCAUUUUGUUUGCCUUGUCGUAAAUUUCUCUUCUUAUAUUGCUUGUUAGAUAGUAGUAUCCCUUUGCUUGUUAUUCUGAUUUGUUUCUAGUUUCUGGAGUUACAA